GUGCUUCUGGGGUGCAUGUAGUCUGUGGCGGCACCGACCAGGCCGCCAGGCGCCUAUGGAAGCUCGGGGCCCGCUGUCUCCCCGGGCCAGCGCAUUCAGCAUCGCCUCUCUGGUUGCAGCAGAGGCCAAAGAGUGUGCCACUCGCCUGGGUCCCGUGUCCUCCAACAGGGCGAAGCUUCGUGUGCUGCUGGGAUCCCCGGCCGGGAUGCACUUCAGCACCGUCACCAGGGACAUGGAAGCCUUCACGGCCAGCAGCCUGAGCAGCCUGGGGGCGGCGGGGGGCUUCCCGGGCGCCGCGUCCCCGGGCGCCGACCCCUUCGGGCCGCGCGAGCCCCCGCCGCCGCCUCCGCCGCGCUACGACCCGUGCGCAGCCGCCGCCCCCCCGGGCGCCCCGGGCCCGCCGCCGCCGCCGCCGCUCGCCUACCCGUUCGCAGCGGCCGCGGGGGCCGCCAGCAGCGCCGCCGCGGAGCCCGAGGGCCCGGGGGCUAGUUGCGCUGCCGCCGCCAAGGCGCCGGUGAAGAAGAACGCCAAGGUGGCCAGCGUGAGUGUGCAGCUGGAGAUGAAGGCGCUGUGGGACGAGUUCAACCAGCUGGGCACCGAGAUGAUCGUCACCAAGGCCGGCAGGCGGAUGUUCCCCACGUUCCAAGUGAAGCUGUUUGGGAUGGACCCCAUGGCUGACUACAUGCUCCUUAUGGACUUUGUGCCAGUGGACGACAAACGCUAUCGGUAUGCCUUUCACAGCUCCUCCUGGCUGGUGGCUGGGAAGGCAGACCCUGCCACCCCAGGCCGAGUGCAUUACCAUCCAGACUCGCCUGCCAAGGGCGCGCAGUGGAUGAAGCAGAUAGUGUCUUUCGACAAGCUCAAGCUGACCAACAACUUGCUGGACGACAAUGGCCACAUCAUUCUCAACUCCAUGCACAGAUACCAGCCACGCUUCCACGUCGUAUACGUGGACCCUCGCAAAGAUAGCGAGAAAUACGCAGAGGAGAACUUCAAAACCUUCGUGUUUGAGGAGACCCGAUUCACCGCUGUCACCGCCUACCAGAACCACCGGAUCACUCAGCUCAAGAUCGCCAGCAACCCGUUCGCCAAAGGCUUCAGGGACUGCGACCCUGAGGACUGGCCCCGGAACCACCGGCCGGGCGCACUCCCGCUCAUGAGCGCCUUCGCCCGCUCGCGGAACCCGGUGGCCUCCCCGCCGCAGCCCAACGGCGGCGCCGAGAAAGAUGCAGCCGAGGCCCGGCGUGACUUCGAGCGCGAGGCGGCGGGCCCGGCCGUGCUGGGGGACCCCGCGCACCCCCCGCAGCUGCUGGCGCGGGUGCUGAGCCCCGCACUGUCCGGGGCGGGCGGCGCGGGUGGCCUCGUCCCCUUGCCCGGCGCUCCCGGCGGCCGGCCCAGUCCCCCGCACCCGGAGUUGCGUCUGGAAGCGCCCGGCGCGUCGGAGCCGCUGCACCACCACCCCUACAAGUACCCGGCCGCCGCCUACGACCACUACCUCGGGGCCAAGAGCCGGCCGGCGCCCUACCCGCUGCCCGGCCUGCGCGGCCACGGCUACCACCCGCACCCGCACGCGCACGCGCACCACCACCCGGCCGCCGCCGCCGCCGCCGCCGCCGCCGCCGCGGCCGCCGCCGCCGCUAACAUGUACUCCGCGGCGGGGGCGCCCGGCUCCUACGACUACUGCCCGCGGUAGAGCCGCCCGCCCGGCAGCCCGCCUGUGCCAAAGCGCCCGGUCAGCGGCUGAAAGAAGGGAUAUUUAUUGUUGUCCGCGAGACCGCCGCGCCCCCUCCCGCUCCCUCCCCGGCCGGCAGUUGCAGUGUAGACGACCGGACCAGAGAGUCCCAGGUCUGCAGGCGGUGUAGAUACGUGUGUAGAUAUGUGUAGAUAACUGUAGAUACCGCGCCGGGAGUCGACUCGAUAAAAUGGUUUUUGCUUCUUUUCCAA